GAGAGGCAGUUUUGGUAUGUGAAUGCUGCAGUGCAGAGGUGUAAGAGAUUUCUGCAAAAGUAAUUACAGGGAGUCACUUUGAUCCCAGGGCUGCACAUCUUCAAGAGGACAUCUCUGAGCCUUUUGUAGGACUACUAGAAAGGACCAUGGCGGAUGGAUCCCAGAAGAUUGAUGGCAUCCAUUUUCCCUUUCCCUUCACACCCUAUUCCAUCCAGAAAGACUUCAUGGCACAGCUGUACCAGGUUUUGGAGGCAGGCAAGAUUGGAAUAUUUGAGAGUCCAACUGGCACUGGAAAGUCUUUGAGUCUUAUUUGUGGGUCCCUCUCCUGGCUCCGUGACUUUGAACAGAAGAAGCGGCAAGAAGAGGCACGUCUCCUGGAAACUGAAACUGGCCCUGCAUGGGAUGAAAAAGGCCCACCCCCAGUUAUCUUAUCUUCCUGUGGGGAGACUGCAGGUACUUCGAAGCCCACUGGAGAACCAGACUGGAUUACUCAGUUUGUGCAGAAGAAAGAAGAAAGGGACAUGGUGGCCCGACUGAAGGAGGAACAGAUCUGGAGGAGGAAGCGGGAAGAACGCCUGCAGCAGAUCCAGCACAACACAAAGCUUAAGUAUACAGCCAAACGCCUGAGACAGGAAGAAGAGGAUACGGAGAGUCUCCUCCGCCUCAGCAGGGAGAUGCUAGAAGCAGGAACGGGGGCUGAGCAGCUGGAGCCGCUGGAGUCUGGGGAGGAGGAGCUGGUCCUUGCCGAGUAUGAGAGUGAUGAUGAGAAGAGAGUAGCUCGAGGAGUGGAUGAGGAUGAAGAUGACCUAGAAGAAGAACAUGUGACUAAGAUUUAUUACUGCAGUCGGACACACUCCCAGCUAGCCCAGUUUGUGCACGAAGUACAGAAGAGCCCCUUUGGCAAGGACGUCCGGCUCGUCUCCCUCGGCUCCCGGCAGAACCUUUGUGUAAACCAAGAUGUGAAGCGCCUAGGUUCUGUGCAGCUCAUUAAUGACCGCUGUAUGGACAUGCAGAGAAGCAAGCAUGAGAAGAGGAAUGAAGCUGAGGAGGAGAAACCAAAGAGGAGGAGGCAGGAGAAGCAGGCUGCCUGUCCCUUCUACAGCUACGAGCACAUGCACCUCCUGCGGGAUGAGGUCCUGGCGGAAGUGAAGGACAUUGAGCAGCUGGUGGCCCUUGGGAAGGAGGCCUGGGCCUGUCCCUAUUAUGGGAGCCGGUUUGCCAUUCCUGCAGCUCAGCUCGUGGUGCUGCCCUAUCAGAUGCUGCUGCAUGCAGCUACCCGAGAGGCAGCGGGCAUCCAGCUGCAGGGCCAGGUGGUGAUCAUCGACGAGGCACACAACCUGAUCGACGCCAUCACAGGCAUCCACAGUGUGGAGGUCAGCGGCUCCCAGCUCUGCCAGGCCCAUUCCCAGUUGCUCCAGUAUAUGGAACGAUAUGGGAUUCUCUUUUCAGGGAACAUUAAGCAAAACCCCAGCACACAGAGCCUCCUGCAGAAAGGGAUGGAGCUGAAGACCAUCAAUGACUUUCUCUUUCAGAGCCAGAUUGACAACAUCAACCUGUUCAAGGUGCGGCGGUACUGUGAGAAGAGCAUGGUCAGCAGAAAGCUAUUUGGCUUCACAGAACGGUAUGGAGCAGUCCUCUCCUCCCAGGAGAAGCCCAGACUGACAGGGUUUCAGGAAUUCCUACAGCGCCUGCAGCCUGGGGUGACUGAGGCCCCUGCAACUCCUGUGGAUGAGGGCCAAGCCAGGCCUCCCACUUCCCCACUGAUGCACAUUGAAGGCUUCCUCACAGCCCUCACCACAGCCAACCAGGACGGCAGAAUCAUCUUGAACCACCAAGGCAGCCUCAGUCAGAGCAGUCUUAAAUUCUUGCUGCUGAAUCCAGCUGUGCACUUUGCUCAGGUGGUGAAGGAGUGCCGGGCUAUGGUCAUUGCAGGGGGCACCCUGCAGCCGGUUUCGGACUUCCGGGAGCAGCUGCUGGCCUGUGCAGGGGUGGAAGCAGAGCGAGUGGUGGAGUUUUCAUGUGGUCACGUGAUCCCUCCAGACAACAUCCUGCCCAUUGUCCUCAGCACGGGCAUCUCCAACCGGCCACUGGAUUUCAAGUACCAGCACAGGGAGCUGCCACAGAUGAUGGAUGAGGCAGGUCGCAUUCUCUUUUGCUUGUGCAAUGUGAUUCCUGGAGGUGUGGUCUGUUUCUUCCCCUCCUAUGAGUACCAGCGCCAGGUCCAUGCCUACUGGGAGAAAAGUGGUGUGCUGUGCCGCCUGGCCUCCAGGAAGAAGAUUUUCCAGGAACCCAAGAGUACAAACCAGGUGGAACAGGUGCUGACAGAAUAUUCCAAGUGCAUUGAGAACUGUGGCCAGGUGAGAGGCAAGAUGGUGACGGGGGCCCUGUUGCUGUCCGUGGUUGGAGGAAAGAUGAGUGAAGGGAUCAACUUCUCUGACAACCUAGGCCGGUGUGUGGUCAUGGUGGGCAUGCCCUACCCCAAUGUCAGGUCUCCAGAGCUACAAGAGAAGAUGGCCUAUUUGGAUCAGACCCUUCCCAGAAUCCCAGGGAAGGCCCCCCCAGGGAAGGCUUUGGCAGAGAACCUGUGCAUGAGGGCUGUCAACCAGUCCAUAGGCAGGGCCAUCAGGCACCAGCGGGAUUUUGCCAGUAUUGUAUUCCUGGACCAGCGCUAUGCCCAGCCCCCAGUCCUGGCCAAAAUGCCAGGCUGGAUCCGAGACCGUGUGAAGACCAAAGCCACCUUCGGCUCUGCCAUUGCCAUGUUGCAGAAGUUCCAUCGGGAGAAGUCUGCCUCUUCUUGAUGCACAGUUGUACCAUCUCCAGUGGGCAGGUGAAGGAAGGGCCUGGCACCAGCGGUGGUGUUUGCCUUGGGCCUGCCAGG